UCACAAAGUUAUGGCACCACUCGGUUUAUCAAUGGAAAACACCAUUAGAAAAAAAAAUUAUGUCAUUGUCAAAAUCUGUUUAUUUUUGUUUUGAAUGUUUUGAUUUGAAACGCUCAACUAUUUGGGCGUUAUUAUUUAUCACUUUCUAUUUAGCGAUUUCCACAUCACAACUUGGAAUGAGUUCAGAAGAAAAGAUAAUUUCCGUAGAAUUUGAAGUUUUCGGAAGAGUACAGGGGGUGUUUUUUCGAAAAUAUACUGAACAAGAGGCAAAGCGUCUGGGACUGAAAGGAUGGUGCAUGAACACCAGACAAGACACUGUUAAAGGGGUUAUCGAAGGGAUGCCGUCGAGAGUCAAUCAGAUGAAGACAUGGCUUCAAAAAACUGGAAGCCCCUCUUCUAGAAUCGACAAAGCCGUUUUCACUAAUGAGAAAGAUAUAAAUCAGCAUACCUAUGACUCCUUCAAAAUAAAGAAAUAGAUGAUGCGAGAUAUCCUGGUUGUACCCCCCUCCCCUUAAAAAUGGCGCAGUUUCAAUUGAAGUGUGGAAUAAAAUUUUGUAUCGGCAGUUAAUGGAGAAAACCAUCAUUUGGGUUCAAUUUUUCAUGUCGAAUUCUGUAUAAACUAUCUUAUGUAUUCGAAAAAGGGGAGAUGAAUAUUUAGGUGAAGAAGUCAAAGAGAUCAUAAAAAUCAAUUAGUAAAUUAAGUAUAGGCUGGUGAAGCGCUAGAACAAAUAGGCAAUUUCAACAGAAAAACUGUAAAAAAUACUUUAUUUUUAUGAAUCUUGAGCACUUUCUGUCCAAGAACCAACUUGAACAGUCGACUUUUGCAAACAGCAAAAAUAUCUUAAUACAUUUUUUAGGGAAUGCAUGAAGAAAACAUAUUUUACUGUGCUUUUUAUAUGCCUGCCUAUGCCUAUGUUCUCGAAUAAAUUAGGAUGAGGUCUAAUAAGGUGUGAAUUUUUCUAGUAGGUAUACAUUUGAUAUUACAUUUCCUUAAGUUUCGCAAUAUGGAGCAAUUGUAAAAAAUUACUUGCAAAAUAAAACUAUGUAAUAAAUUUUCCACACAAUUUUCGAUACAAAGAACAAAAGAUCAAAAUUUCAAAGAUCAAUACAUCAUAUAAUAAACUCGCAUCAUCAAUAAAAUAUGUCAUGAAACACAUACUUUUAUAUACCAUCCUUUGCUCUUCAAAGAAAAAGGAAGACAA